GAACUACAGGCAGAAAUCGAUGCUCAUACUGACAUCUUCCACAACCUGGAUGAAAAUGGCCAGAAAAUCCUGAGAUCCUUGGAAGGCUCUGAGGAUGCAGCCGUAUUGCAGAGACGUCUGGAUAACAUGAACCUCAGAUGGAGCGAGCUUAGGAAGAAAUCUCUAAACAUUAGAUCCCAUUUGGAAGCCAGUGCAGACCAGUGGAAGCGUUUGCAUCUCUCUCUUCAGGAACUUUUGGCAUGGCUGCAAUUGAAGGAGGAUGAAUUAAAACAGCAAGCACCCAUUGGUGGAGAUCUUCCCACUGUGCAGAAACAGAAUGAUAUACAUAGGACUUUCAAGAGGGAGCUGAAAACUAAAGAACCCGUUAUCAGGAGUGCGCUUGAGACUGUGCGAAUCUUCUUAGCAGAGCAGCCUGUGGAGGGACUGGAGAAGCUCUACCCGGAACCAAGAGAGCUGUCACCUGAGGAAAGGGCCCACAAUGUCACUAAACUUCUCCAAAGGCAAGGAGAUGAGGUCAGAACUGAGUGGGAUAAGCUGAAUCUACAGUCUGCUGAUUGGCAAAAGAAGAUAGAUGAUGCUCUUGAAAGACUGCAGGGCCUUCAAGAGGCAAUGGAUGAACUGGAUCUGAAACUACGCCAGGCUGAAGUGUUCAAGGGAUCCUGGCAGCCAGUGGGGGAUCUGCUAAUUGACUCUCUGCAGGAUCACUUAGAAAAAGUCAAG